AGCGCCGGGUUAUGGUGGCACCGGGCUGAGCGCCGGGACGCGCCGAGGCGGCAGCGGGGGCCGAGCCCGGAGCCAUGGAGGGGCCCGGCCAGGAGGCCUACGAGGAGGGGAUGAGGAGGACCCUGGACCCCAAAGGCUACGAGGACCCCGGCCUAAAGAGCUCCCAGCUGUCCCUGGGCGAGAUGAGCACUGUGUCAGUGACCGAUGUGGACCCGGAGGCAGCAGGGAGCAGGAGGCUCCUGUCCCAGCAGGACACCCAUGAGGGAUACGUGGAGCUGCACGAGCUGGUCCUGGACAAUGCAAAGGACUUGUGCUGGAUGGAGGCCGGCCACUGGCUCAAGCUGGAGGAGGACUUCCAGGAAUCGGGGGACUGGAGCCAGCCCCAUCUCUCCUUCCUGACCUACCACAGCCUCCUGGAGAUCCGCCGGGCUUUGAACAAAGGUGCCAUUCUCCUCAACGUGGAGGCCAACUCGCUGCCGGCCAUCGUCCACAUCCUCCUGGACCAGCUGAUCUACGAGGGGCAGAUGAAGCCGCAGGACCGGGACGAUGUCAUGAGGACGCUGCUCCUGCGCCACAGCCACCCCACCGAGGAUGAGUCGGUGUGGACGAUGCCACCGGCGCUGGUGCAGCGCUCGGGCACCACCCGGGCCGACGUGGAGCGGCCACUUCUGCGGGAGCAGCGGCCCAUGGAGAUGAGCAGGAUGGCAGGGAAGGAGCAGAGCGGGGUCCCCAGACCCCAACUCCUGGAGAUAAUCCCAGAGGGUGCCGAGGCCACCCUGGUCCUUGUGGGCUGUGCAGCCUUCCUGGAGCAGCCAAUGCUGGCCUUUGUGCGCCUGAAGGACGCAGUGACACUGGACGGUGUCCUCGACGUGUCCAUCCCCGUCCGCUUCCUCGUCGUGGUCCUGGGGCCCGACACCCCCCAGAUCAGCUACCACGAGAUCGGCCGCGCCAUCGCCACCAUGAUGUCCGAGAGGGUGUUUCGCCGGGACGCCUACCUGGCCGAGGCGCGGCAGGAGCUGGUGCGGGGCGUGGAGGAUUUCCUGGAUGCCAGCAUUGUCCUGCCGCCCACCGAGGCCCCCAACGAGCAGCUGCUCCGCGCCCUGGUCCCGCUGCAGCGGGAGCUGCUCCGACGGCGCUACCAACCCCUCGAGAGACUGCACAUCGGGGACUUCCUGAAAGAUCUGGGGCCGGACAAGGCGGCGGCUGCAGAGGACGAUGACCCCCUGCGCAGGACAGGGCGGCCUUUUGGGGGGCUGGUGCGGGACAUCCGCCGCCGGUACCCCAAAUAUCUCAGCGACAUCAAGGACGCCCUCAACCCCCAGUGCCUGGCCGCCGUCAUCUUCAUCUACUUCGCGGCGCUGUCACCCGCUAUCACCUUCGGAGGCUUGCUGGGUGAGAAGACCAAGGGGAUGAUGGGGGUGUCGGAGCUGCUCAUCUCCACCUGUGUGCAGUGCGUGCUCUUCAGCCUCCUCAGCGCCCAACCCCUCCUCGUCGUCGGCUUCUCGGGACCCCUCCUCGUCUUUGAGGAAGCCUUUUACUCGUUCUGCAGCAACAACGGCUUGGAAUACAUCGUGGGACGGGUCUGGAUCGGCUUCUGGCUGAUCCUGCUGGUGCUGGUGGUGGUGGCCUGCGAGGGCAGCUUCCUGGUGCGCUACCUGUCCCGCUACACCCAGGAGAUCUUCUCCUUCCUCAUCUCCCUCAUCUUCAUCUUUGAGACCUUCUCCAAGCUGGUCACGAUUUUCAAGCAUCACCCGCUGCAGCGGGAGUACCACGUGAAGCCUAAAUUCCAGCCCGGGGUGCCGGAGCCCAACACGGCGCUACUGUCCCUCGUCCUCAUGGCUGGCACCUUCUUCCUGGCCUACUUCCUCCGUGUGUUCAAGAACAGCUCCUUCCUGCCUGGCAAGGUCCGGCGCUUGAUCGGGGACUUUGGGGUGCCCAUUUCCAUCUUCAUCAUGGCACUGGCUGACUUCUUCAUCCGCGACACCUACACCCAGAAACUCAGCGUCCCCAAAGGGCUGCAGGUCACCAACGCGACUGCCCGGGGCUGGUUUAUCCACCCCAUGGGGGCCAAUGCCCGGUUCCCCAUCUGGAUGAUGUUUGCCUCCGUGAUUCCCGCCCUUCUGGUCUUCAUCCUCAUCUUCCUCGAGACACAGAUCACCACCCUCAUCGUCAGCAAGCCUGAGAGGAAACUGGUGAAGGGCACCGGCUUCCACCUGGACCUGCUGCUGAUUGUGGCCAUGGGGGGGCUGGCAGCCCUUUUUGGGAUGCCCUGGCUCAGUGCCACCACCGUCCGCACCAUCACCCACGCCAACGCCCUCACCAUCAUGAGCAAGACCUCUGCUCCGGGCGAGAAAUCCCAGAUCCUGGAGGUCAAGGAGCAGCGCAUCAGCGGCCUCUUGGUGGCUGUGCUCAUUGGCGUCUCCAUCCUGAUGGAGCCCAUCCUGAAGUACAUCCCUCUGGCCGUGCUCUUCGGCAUCUUCCUCUACAUGGGGGUCACCUCCCUCUUUGGCAUCCAGCUCUUCGACCGCAUCCUGCUCCUGCUGAAGCCCCCCAAGUACCACCCUGACGAGCCCUACGUCACCCGGGUGAAGACUUGGAGGAUGCACCUCUUCACCUUCACCCAGAUCAUCUUCCUCGUGGUGCUGUGGGUGGUGAAAUCCACCCCGGCCUCGCUGGCGCUGCCCUUUGUCCUCAUCCUCACCGUGCCCCUGCGGCGCUUCCUGCUCCCCAGGAUCUUCCAGGACAUCGAGCUCAAAUGUCUGGACGCAGAUGACGCCGUGGUGACCUUUGAAGAGGCAGAGGGGACAGAUGUGUACAACGAGGUGCAGAUGCCCAGUUAAGGGCCUGCCCCCAGCCCCCCGAUGCCCCCCCAGCCCCGCUUCCAUCUCCACUGCUGCCAUUCUGGGGCCAUCGGGCUACCAAGAAGGACUGGGGACACAAUCCCCACCUGCCCACCCUUGGGAAUGGAGCUUUUUUUUUUUUUGUUUUUCCCUUUUUUUUGGUCUGUUUUAAAAAGCAUUUUGGAUGAUGUGAUCUCACCCCCACUUUGCUGCCUGCUGGCGAAGGGGCUGCCUGGGCUGGCUGGGCCCCCCACGAGCCACCCUCCACCCGUGGCAAGGUGGGAUGUGUCACUGUCCCCAAGGCCACCACCAGGCACCCAGCAUGGGAAGGAGCUGGAGGAAGACCCCAGAGCCUGGAGGGAGGAGGAGGAAUGCAGGGACAGAGAUACAGCAGGAUGGGGUCCUCCCCUCUGCCCUCCCCCUCCCCGGGGAGCCCCCCCAGCCCAGCCCCUCUCCCCAGAUGAACUUUGAACAAGCUGGGACAGACCCUUCACCCCGUGGAGCCCUUUUCCCAUUUUCUCCAUCGCUUGCUCCACGGGAUGGUCUCAGCUGCUGUGCUGCACUCCCAGCACGUCCCGGAGUCAGGAUGCAAACAGUCCAGCAAGGGGGGGUCUAUACACUUACAAUGAAAACAAUCACGCUUAAAAACCACAGAAAAAUACUUAAAAUUAUGCUGGUGCUUCUGCAGGUAGAAUUCAUUUAGAGCCAAGCAAAAAUUAACAAAAAAAAAAAAAAA